AUGGAACAGUUAUACCGUGCUCCACGGUCUUUGAACCUAGAUUUGCUUCGCUUCGAGACGAAAUCUCAGUUGCCAGUCCUGGCCUCCGUACUGCCAGAUAAAAAUCACCCCGAAUACCGUAAGAAGACCAAGCAAAGUUUAGUUCUAGAGCGUCUAAGUUGUUUUGUGUCCAACAAUGAUGAAAUCGAGUGA